ACAUGCUUUCUCAAACUCUUUUUAAGCUGCUCUUCCCUUCCAUUGCAACUUCACUGCCUAUUUGAUAGUAGCAACUAAGCAAGUUACUGCAAGAAAGCAAGAAUCAGAGAUUCAAGAAUGUCUAGCAGAAGAUCAGGAGCAGCCUCAAAGUUUACUCAAGAUGAGCUCAAUGAUCUCGUCUUGAAACUACAAGCAUUACUACCUCAACUUAACCAAAGGCAGGCAUCCAGGGUAUCAGUAUCAAAAAUCUUGCAGGAGACAUGCAGCUAUAUCAGGAGUCUACAAAGUGAGGCGGAUGAUUUAAGUGAAAAACUAUCUCAACUGUUGGAUUCAUUCAACAUCGCUGAUGUUGAUAUAGAAACUCUUAGAAGUAAUCUACAGCAGUGAUAGAAAUUCUCUCAAUACCCAUCUAUUAGAAUUCAUGAUGCCAGCAUGUAUCUUCCUCUAUUUCUAUAGCAAAAUAUGCUUAUAAUCCAAAUUCUAGUAUACAUCUGUC